AUGCAGGAUGAUGAGGAACGAUAUGCGGACGGCUUUGCUGAAUACGGCAGCUAUUUUGGUGGACCUUCCUUCGACUACCUUUUGCCGGCUCAAUCGACUUCCUCAGCGAUAGCAGGAGCGUCUAACGAACACGUAUUGUGCUCAGAUACCGACUCACACAAGCCUGCUUACACGGCGCCUGGAUACAGAGAAAAGGAUGGUAAUUUUCCUUCGACAUCUUACCCAACGCCACAAAUAGCGCCUUCGCCGCUGAACUAUCAUCAAAGAGCCCAGAGUCAUGGUCCUGCAACUAGUGAGUUCUCUCAAUUACCGAUCAGCCCGGGCGCCCAAGCUUCUAAAGCUCAUACAUCACAGGAUAAGGCUGAGUCUUCGCAACCACAACCUCUACGCUUUCUUAAACGUGCUUCAACAGCUCUCCCGACUCCUCCGAUGUCUUGGGGGAGUAGCGCUAGCAACGGAGAUGGCCUCUCAGAUCGAAUGCAGUCCAUAUAUAUCGCUUCUGAACACCCUAGAGCCUCCAAUCCGGCACCAGAGCCAUUGAGGAUAGCUCAUGGAACUUUUGGGCAUGUUACUACUACCAGCAAUACAAGCAGUACUCGCAGCUCUAGUAUCAUCUCGUCGCCCAUGCAAGGCUUGCCCGGUAGUCCUUUCCAGUUAUCACAGAGGGGUUUCUCCAUUUCCACCAUGCAGAGUACAGAGAGCGAGGCAACGGAAAUGAAACCCAGCGAGGCUCAGGCUGAGAUAUUGCGCAGGAUCAGUCGAAGAACUGACGCGUCGAGUCAGACGGGUCUUUCGUCUUUCAAGAAAAGCUUCUCACUUAAAAGGGCAGCCACUUCGGCAAAACCAGCUAAUAGACCAUCACAGGACACGUUGACUGACGUUCUCGAAGAAGUUGCUGCAGAAGGUAGCCUUUCUCUCGUCAAAGCAGUCAUUGGUAUGGGAGCUGAUCCUAUGUAUCGAUCAAUCGGUAAAUUGAAAAGACUGAAGCACGAAGCUUUAGCAAAGGCUACCUUGAGUGGACGAGCAAAAGUGGUCGACUAUCUUUUGAGGGAAGGUGCCACUUACGGAGAGACCGCGAAGAGAAGUGACUAUACUCCAAUGGAUUGCGCGGUGCUUGCAGCUGCCUACAAAGGGCACGCGGAUCUCAUCAACUGUCUCGUAGCGUCGCAUGGAGCAAACCCAAUGGUUGAGCAAUGGCCGCGGGAGAUGUAUGACGCCCAACACUACUGGGCGGAAAACCAAGUCAGACUUGCGAAAACUAGCCUCCUCGAUGGCCUUUCCAAGUGGAAGAAUGUUGAUCAAGGCACAAACACACUAAAACUCAUUAUGCAGCAUGAAAAGUUUGAUCCAACGGCUCUAAUUUCCGGCGUAUUCGAUAAUAAGAGCGAGCUGCAGAGCGCUGAGUUUGGGCAUCGCCCAUGGCAGACGACAUAUGAGUACUCGGUGCUAGCUUGCUUCGUCCGCGCUGGAUGGGCAGACGCAGUGGAAGAGAUGUUGAGCAUAAAGGGAAAACCAAAACACUAUGAAAAAGAAGACGAUGUCUUGCAAUAUCAAGGAAAGGUCACCCGCUAUGUGUCACCAAUCAAUGCGUUGACAAAAGAAACAUGGAGCAAGCGACCAGAGGACGCACUUCGCAUACUAAGACUUUUGAUCGACAGAGGCUUUGAUCUAUGUCUUGCACAACGCACCGCCACCGAUCUGGGGGUGCGGACAGCGAUCGGGCGAGCGAUUUCAGCAGACGCUGCCCAAGGAGUCGAACUUAUCUUGCAGGCCCAAGGCGGGCUAGUACGAGAGGACGUCUUCUUCCGUCGAAACAGAAGAGAGAUAAAUGCUCUACCACUAGCUGCUGCUCUUUCGUUCAACUCUCUAGAAGCGGCGCAUGUACUACUUCGCGCUGGCGCGCAUCCUCGAGAUCCAGCGUUUGAUGACAUGAACGUACUGCAGUUCUCCGCCUAUCACAGUAGUGCAACCAAUUCUUCGAUGCUUACGGAAAUGAUAGGCCUUGCCCCGGAAUUAACGUACGAUGCGUUGAGUUUUGCCAUCAACGGCAUCAACAAAGAUGCAGUACGUGUGCUUUUGGACACCAUCUCCACAGCCGCUCGACGCGAACAGAUCGCCGCUCUGCCACCUAUUCACGAUAUGCUUCUCCACUGCACUCCUCCCACCGAACCGGAGCUCAAAACGCAAUACCUAGAGCUCAUCGACAUGGUCGUGCAAUGGGACGUUGGAUACGCGCUACAAUGUCCGCAACUUCCGGCAAUCUUGUCGGCAAUUCGGAAAGACAACUACAUUGCCUAG